UCAUAUCCCAAUACUCCUUUUUAAUACUCUUCCGGAGGUCACUCUGCUUGGAAACCAACCAAACAGCAAUCAACAAUUUGUGAUGUGUUGGGUUUUGUUUAGGUUUUGGUCGUUUUUACAAAGAAAUAGAAUUACACCCUCGACAGAAUGAGCAAGUUUCAAAAGUUCUAACAAAUAAUUUAAAGUUGAGCCUAAUUAAUAAUAUACCAAACAGAUGCUUAGUCAGGUAGACAAUAUGGCAUUAUUACCUGUUAUGAAACCUUGUGGUAUGCCCACAAUAUUUGGAGAACUGGAGGAAAAAAAUGUAACAUUCUUAAUCAACACAUCCAGCAGUAUGUUUGUAUACUUGAACAUUGUGAAGAAACACUUAACAGAGGUGUUACUGGCAAGAGCGUAUGGGCAGAUCAACGCCAAAUUUAACAUCAUGGCUGUUGCCACAGAGAUCACGCCAUGGGCAGAUAAACUCGUACAAUGUACGCCACAGACCGUGACCCUCGCCGCAGAAUGGAUCAAGAACUUGACAUGUAAAACCGGUUCAAAUAUGAAGGAUGCUUUUAUAGCAGCAUACGCAGAUUCAUCCUGCGAUUCAAUCUAUUUAAUUACAGACAGGCUCCCGGAUCAAUGUUCCCAAGAAGUCGUUUAUCUAGCAGAAUUGCGUAGUAAUGGUAGGCCGGUCCAUGUCAUCCUUUUCGCUGAUUCAGAACCAGAUUUAUUUGAUGUUGGGCUGCUCGAACAACUUGCAAUCCAAACAGAUGGAACAUUACAUUUGAUCUGUGUUUCUCGCAACGGACGUGUCGAUAGUGUGAAGCCAAUAAUAUCUGCAGACAACAGACUUGCAAGAACAACGACAUCAAUUCUACAGCAGCCAUUGGUGGAAACAGUUACUACAACAAUGCUCAACUCACCUGUUCACAAUGUACGCACAUAUUUAAAUGAAGAUUCAAUUCCAAAUACUAGUAUUACAACAAUGCUAGAUAAUUUUUCGGAGGUAAACACAACAACAUUUGUGGCUGGUGUUGUAGAGACGAAGUCUCAGAAGGUUUGUAAUGUGCCUUCAUCACUGGACAAUCAGCCUAUCAUGGCACAGGUUGUGUACUUAAAAGAACCAGCAAACACAUUCAACACUCGGAGUCAGUACAUCCUGCCAGAUUUAACAUGGGAUUCGCAUUCAUCUCACGUUCACCCAAUCGUUUACGACCUGGAUGAGGAUUUUUCUCCGAUAGCUGGGACACUGCUUAAUGGGGCACAGGUUCUGGCUCGCAGGGACAGAGAUGGCUACUACUAUAUGGGUGUUGUUAAGCAGCAGGUUACAGUGAAUGGAUACUUUCUGAUUGCAUUCAAUGAACACCCAGUUGGAACUCGCUCAACAAAAAAUCGCUUCCAGGAAACUGCAAUUGUUGACAUCAUUAAACAUGAUGAUGGUUUGCGACACCCUAUUCUACCUGGAGACAAUGUUCUAGCCCCUUGUGAUAAGGACGGUGUUUGCUAUGCCCCUGGUACAGUACUAGAGGGAACAGAAGGCAGGUUUGCAAGGGGUACAGCAGAUACGAAUAAUCUGGUUGUUAGAUUCUUCAACGGAACCACUAUUAAGAUCCCAAAACAGACAGCAGUUUGGCUGCAGAAAGAACAUUAUGAUCGAAUCAAAUUGGGAAUCCAGAUGCCACUGUUUGCCAGACAGAGUCUGGAGAAUGACCCACACUACCCAUUUCAGGCAUUAUCAGGGUACACCACAUCUUUACCAGUUAAAUCAAACCAUACUCUGACAUCAGAUUAUGCAAAGAUACCAUUGCAUAGACGUAGCACAGGAAAUUCUCCCUACUGUCAUACAAGUGUAAAAGAAAGUGUGGUUAAAUCUGAAGAUAUUGACCAAAUUAUUCCUGGAACCACCAUGACCAAAGAUGAAUUAAAUGAUAAAGUGAUAAAGCAACUCAUCGACCAUAAGAUGGUGAUACAGGAUAAAACUCGUCUGCUAAAUAGGGAGCCUUGGGGUAAGAAAAGCGUGUCGUUCCGCCGGGGUAAUGAAUUGGAAAACGACGUAUGCUUUGCGCAAGGCUCUGAGAGUGGUGUGGAAAAGAGUAAUGAAUUAGGACAUGAAUAUGAUAGGAAGAAUUUUGAAGAAGUUAGAAUGAGUAGAGUGGUGACUACCGAGACACAGACAUUACCAUUACCUGGCCUUAGUGUUAGAACUGAUUCUAUUCCACUAAGCCAACACUCACUGUCAGGGAUGAAACUAAAGUCCAACAAGUCUCUCAAUUCAAAUGAUGUAAAAUACAGCAAUGAUCAUGAUUCAUUAGAGGCACGGGUUCAACCAUACAUGAAAGAUGCCCCCAACGGGCUAGUUAAUGGCUCGAACCACUUCAUCAAAUCAGUUGAUGCUUCGAUCAGGAGUGAUCGUGCCAGAAUGGAAUGGGAGAUGAAACAUCCACAUCCUCCUCCUCCUCCAAGCCAGUUAAAAGUAACGCCGAGCCAGGCAUUGUGGACGCAAUUUGCGAAUAAAGAUUUGGCUCGUGAGGCAAAGGAGCAAAGCUUCAUUGAGUAUCGGCGCAAGCAGGUCACCAAUCGGGAGGAGAGCUGGAAUGAUAAAAAACAAGAAAAUGAGCAGAUGAAAGCUGCCAAGGCAGAGCAAUACAGGAAAUAUACUGCUGACGUGAUAAGAAGGGAUAUCGCAAGGCAGAAUGAUAAUGAGCAGAAGUUAAGAAACGUUCAAGAAGCCAAGAGAGCCGCCAGCGCAAGUAUUGCUAAGCAACAGCAGGAGAAUGCUGAGCGGCAUGUAGAUAAGGAGCGUCUUCGAAUACAAGCUAUCAGCCAACAAAAACAACGACGAGAAGAUAUCAAGAUGCAGAGACAAUAUGAGAUAGAGGAGACAAUGGCACGAAGACGGGCUAUUAAACAACAACUAACUCAGAGAAAAUGGGAGGAGCAUAGUACGAACAUGAAAGAAAAACACGACCAAGAAGUGGCACGUGACAAGAUGAUGCGUAGUAAACAAAUGGCCAUACGACACCGUUUCCAGGACAUUGAACAUGCGAAUCAGCAAAAGAAAGAUCUACGACUGCAAGUACGCGAGCAGUCACGCCAUGAGUUGCGAUCUCAAGUUCUACCGUGAUUACCAAAUUAUUUUGCUUUUUUAAUUUGUGGAAAUUACUAUUCAGAGACUAACUUAUUUGGCGAUACUAUACCAGAGUUCUCAAGUCAAAUUUAUUUUAAUGUUGUCAUAAUUUCAGAUAUACAAUUCUUAAAGCUUUAAAAUUGAUGACUAACUAAAAUUGAAAAUUAUGCAAAAACCUUGUAAAAGAUAUCAUGGCUUAAAUUUAACUCAUUUAAGUUUGCUCAAAUGCAAAUAUUCGUAGUCAUUUCUCUUUAUCUUGACAGAGAAAUGCACCUAUAGGCUGACAAAUUUGAUUAUUUUGUUACAGAAGACUUUUUGUUUAUUGUGAU